AUGAACCAUUAUGCCAAUAAGAAGAGUGCUGCAGAAAGCAUGCUGGAUGUCGCUCUGCUGAUGGCCAAUGCAUCGCAACUGAAAGCUGUCAUUGAAGAAGGACCCUCAUUCGCGUACUAUGUACCCCUCAUUAUCCUGAUCUCCAUAUCUUUCAUCUUCCAGGUUGUGGUGGGAAUUCUACUCAUAUUCAUUGUGAAGUACGAUCUCAAUAAUCCUGCCAGACACGCCUUGUUGGAUAAGCUGGAAAAUGCGGCCACUGCACUUGUGUUCAUUAUUGUGAUUGUCAACAUAUUAAUCACAGCAUUCGGUGUACAGAACUCAGCACCUCCUUCAAAGUUAUAG